CAUGCGGGUAGCCAAGCGGUCCCGAUUUAUGGAAACUAUCAUGGUAGAUAUUACUCCAAGCGUCCUUUCAUCCGAGAUCCACGACUGGCUUUGCUCCCCACUGAAUUCUUCGUGGGUAAGCGAGUUCUAGAUGUUGGAUGCAAUGAAGGCUGGGUGACUUGUGAGAUAGGACAGUCCAGGGGGGCACAUCAGGUCAUCGGAGUGGGAAAUAUCAAUGAGGAGCGUUGCCCUCCGCCAAAACGACAACGACUCCUCGGUGAUGCGUCCACUACGGACAGUAGUGCUCCCAAUUACUUCCCUGCAUCGUGCGAACAUAGCUACGGCCCAUUGCCCAUCCCAGACAGAGGAUGCGGUGCUUUCCCGCACAAUGUCACAUUCCGAACAGUUGAUUGGGUGAAGGAUGAAAUACCGGAGGAUUACGAUCAAUACGAUAUCGUUUUAGGGUUUUCUAUCUCAAAAUGGAUUCAUCUAAAUAACAAGGACGAAGGACUGCAAGAAUUUUUCUCCCGAGUUCAUCGAUGUCUGAAAGUUGGGGGUGUUUUCGUCCUCGAGCCACAACCUUGGGACACUUACUCAAAAGCUCGAAGGAUGAGCGAGACUCUCAAAGAGAAUGCAAAUAUUUACAACUCCGUCCAGAUGGCUUUGGGGAACUACUGGAGAAGCUCGGAUUUAGUCAUGGUCAGCGUCUCGGGGUCACUGGGAAAGGGCGGCUUCCGUCGCCCCGUUGAUCUCUCACUUGAACAGCGCCAACCUUAUGCGUAG